AUUUUCCAUAUCCCCAAAGGGGACUGGAGCCGGAUUACCCGACCUCCUUUGCAAUACUCAAUAAAUAACAACACCAGAAGAAAUAUCUCAUAUCACUUCAUGCCAGGUCUUGUUGUGGGGUUAAAAAAAGGCCUUGAACGCAGAUAUUGAAGUGUGAGAAACACCCUUCUUGAAACUGCAGUGUGGAAAUAAGCUCUUCGCCAAGGUCUUUCAGAUCGACUCUUCGAAGGGUUAGUGAGAACACGGUGGAAGCCUUUCUCCGCAAGCGAUGAACAGCUGAAUUUCCCGUGAAGCUAACAUGGAGCAAAUAGAAGAGCCACAAUGGAUCUACUCGUUUGCUGACAGUUCCAGAUUGCUGACCAUUGUUAUUUCAAUUUUCCUGAUCGUGUACGGCAGCUUCAGGGCCUUAGGAUUGGAUGCAACAUUUAGUGGGUCAGAAGAUCCAGAUGAAGAGCAGACAAACCAAAAUGAUUCGCCUUUUGCGAGACUAAUGGAUGGGUUUCAAACCAUCAACACAGCUCAAGCUGUGUUUCUUCCUGUUGGUGCCUCAUUCUCACUCCUAGUGAUGUUCUUCUUCUUUGAUACACUUCAGUUUUUCUUUGCACUUUGUACUGCUGUUUUAGCUAUGGUGGCUUUCUCUUUUGUUCUCCUACCCAUUUGCCAGUUUCUUACAAGACCUUGCUUUAGUAGUAAUAAUCAAAAAAUCAACUUAGGCUUCUGUGGCCGAUUCACACCAGCAGAGGCCAUGUCACUUGUAUGUUCAGCAGCAUUAGUUAUGGUUUGGAUUGUCACUGGACACUGGGUGCUGAUGGAUGCCCUAGCUAUGGGACUGUGUAUUUCCAUGAUUGCCUAUAUCCGUUUACCAAGCCUUAAAGUCUCAACUUUGCUGUUAAUUGGCCUUUUAGUGUAUGAUGUGUUUUGGGUAUUCUUUUCAAGUUACAUAUUUAAAGCUAAUGUUAUGGUUCAAGUGGCCACACAGCAAGCAUCUAACCCUGUCUCGAUUAUGGCAAAUAAAUUGAAAAUGAAUUCCAUGGGAAAUAUCUCUCCUCAAAUAUCUCUUCCAGGAAAAUUGGUUUUUCCAAGCAUGCAAGACAGAGGCAGAUUUUCUAUGUUAGGGCUUGGAGAUAUAGUCAUGCCAGGACUUCUCCUAUGUUUUGUUCUGAGAUACGAUAGGUACAAGAAACAAGCAGCAGUAGCAGCUGAUACUGAACAAUCCAAGAUAACUUAUUUUCAUUGCUCUCUUAUUGGAUAUAUUGUAGGAUUAGUGACAGCCACUGUUGCAUCCGAGGUGUACAAAGCCGCCCAACCAGCGCUACUGUACCUUGUACCGUUUACGCUUCUACCCAUCCUAGUCAUGGCUUAUUUGAAGGGUGAUUUACGAAAAAUGUGGCAAGAUCCCUUUGUAGCGGCUGGUGCUAAAUUGAAGUUUUUGGAUGUAUGACACA